AUCUACCAUCCUCAACCACCAUACACCCAACUUCCACACCCAUAAAUCAACCCUCACCCACCCGCCACUAAACACCACAUCUCAAGAACCAGACAAAAACAGGAGCAAGAAAACAUAUAAACAAAAUGUCCUCCAACGUCGGCCUCUCCACCCCCCGAGGCAGCGGCACCUCCGGCUACGUGCAACGCAACUUCGCAUUCAUGAAGCCCCGCAACGCCGGGUACGGCGCGCCCUACCCACCCAUCAGCGGCGCGAACUCCUCGGACCACCCGUUAGACAAGCCCUUCAAGCAGCGCCAACCCGACAAGCAGAUCCUGGAACAUGAUCGGCGGCGCGCAAUCGAAGUGAAAGUUAUGGAGGAGAGGGAGAGAUUGGAGGAGGAGAAUGAGAGGAUUGAGGAGGAGAUGGGCCAGAAAUCUAAGAAGAAGAAGGGAUCUAAGAAGGAGGAGGGUGAGGUGAAAAAGGAGGAGGGUGAGGAAGAUGAGGAUGAGGGUGAUGAAGAGAAGGUGUUGACGGAGGAGGAGAUUGAUGAGAGGUGUGAGGCGUUGAGGAAGCGGUUGGUUAGGGAGAUGGAGGAGGAGAGGGAACGUGGAGAUGGAAAGGAUGGGAAUGGUGGUGGUGGUGCAGGGAGACGCGGUCGUAGGGCGUGGGAUUUGCCGCCUAAGGAGAGACGGCAGUUUAAGAGUUAUCAGGUGCAUGAGUUGGCGGAGGCGAAGAUUGAGGAGAGUGAGAGGUUGAGGAGGGCGUUGGGGAUUAAGGAGGAGAAAUAGGUUGUUCUUAUUGAUUUGGGACAUGGGGUGGGUUUUAUGAUUUCCAGUUGUUCUUCUUUUUGUUGUUUUAUUAUGGUGUUAGUGGUUGGCAUAUGGGUGCCGGUCUACUUUUAUUAUUGUUAUGGCUAACGCAGAUUCAUCCUAUGUAUAGGGAUAAGCAGCUGGUUAUUGCAUCAUCACU